AGGUUAUAGUUUUACAUUUACAAUUAAAUUAAAUCACAAUGAAUCAAAUAGUUUUAUUGGUUUUUGUCGCUAUUUUACCGGUAGUUUUAUGUCAAGAUGAUGGAAUGUUUCUCUGCAAGAGGCUUGACUCUAACUUCAAAAUGGUUGUACCAGGUUCAGGACGAACCCAAAAUAACAAUAAUAAAAACAGAAACAACAUCAACAAAGAUCGAGUCACUCGAGUCAAUGGAAACGGAAGACCUAAACCCGGUCCAAACAUUUCUAAAGGAAGGCCCAAGCCAUCACCCGUUGAAAGUUUGGAUGACAAAAUUGAAGAAAGACUGAAAGCACUUGAAGACAGAAUUGAGUUUUUGGAAUCGAUAACCGAAGUCUCAGAUAGAAAAGACGACGUACCAGCGAAACUCCAAACUUUCUGUCAUGUUGAAUACAACAAUCGAUGCUUCAUGUUCACCAAAAAGGAUAGAGGAAUGAUUGAUGAAAGAGAAGCCAGAAAUAACUGCAAAAAAAUGGGCGGUAGACUUGCUGACAUUUACGAUGAAUCUCAUUUGGAGAAAUUAGAAGCCUAUUUGCGAGAAUCGAUGACAGAAGAAAUAGAAUUUGUAUAUUUCAUCGUAGGAAUGACGUAUCGAAAACAGGGCAACGGCGUAAACAAAUCGGAUGGCACGAGGUCACGAUUCGUAAAAUGGUAUUCUACGAGAUUUCCUUCACCGGCGUCUGGCAACAGUCAAAUCCAGAUUCAAGUUAACAGGGAUGUUGAAAUGGAAAGUGGAAUGUUCAAUACGUCUCCUUUCUCUAAAGCAAAGAGUGCUUUGUGUGAAAAAUCGCUGGAGUCUCCUCCACGAUGAGGAAAAUAAUCCAGUGUCCAGAUAAAGUGAUAAUGUGAAUACAAACGAUAGACGAACAGAUUCGGGCAAAAAUGAGAACAAAAUGUAUUUCAUUUACUAUACAUUAAUGUAAAAAUAAUUUUUGCUUUUUGGGCAAAAAAUUGCGAUGAUGUAUAAUUUACGAUACUUGUAUAAUUGUAAUGUUUACACGAUUACAACUCAUAAACUAUUGAAUAUAAUUUUAUACAUAUAUAUGCUGCAA